AUGAAAGUAUCAAACGGCGCCCUCAUCUUGCCUCGUAAAAUCUCUCGCAAAAUUAUAUCUCACUACAAUUAUCUAGCACCACACAACGUAAGCGCACCCACAAUGAAAGCCAUUGUCUAUCACGGUCCACAGGAUAUCAAGUUCCAUCACGACUACCCAGAGCCGCAAAUCAACCAUCCGGAUGAAGUAAAAGUCAAGAUUGAUUACUGUGGUAUCUGUGGUUCCGACUUAAAAGAGAUUACCCUGGGCCCGUUUUUCUUCAACAAACCAGGAUCAACAAACCCAAUUUCCAAUAUGAAAUUCCCUAUGGUGAUGGGCCAUGAAAUCAGUGGACAAGUUGUUGGUGUUGGUUCAAAUGUUGGCAAAUUGAGUGUUGGUGAUAAAGUGGUGGUCGAAGUAACUGGAACAUGCAAGGACAAAACUCGUUUUGAAAACUCACCUUCCAAAGAUAAACCAUUUUGUGCUGCUUGUUGUGAUGACUACUACAACGCAUGUGAUUACUUGGCAUUAACUGGUCUUGGUUUCAGCGAUGGUGGUUGUGCCGAAUAUCUCGUCACUAGUAAAGAUAAACUCGUCAAGUAUGAUGCUAACAAAAUUCCUCCAGAUGUUGCUGCAUUAGUUCAACCAUUGGCUGUAUCUUGGCAUGCCGUUGGCAGUGUUGCCCAUUUCCAAGAAGGACAAUCGGCGUUGAUUUUAGGUGGUGGACCAAUUGGACUCACUACUAUUUUUGCUUUAAAGGGUAACAAGGCCGGCAAAAUCGUAGUGAGUGAACCAGCAACUGCAAGAAGGUUAUUGGCUGAGAAAUUAAAUGUUGAAACGUUCGACCCCACUGGUAAAUCGGUCGAGGAGUGCAUUGCCGCAUUGAAAGAUAUAUCUCCGGACAAGAGAGGGUUCCAUCACACGUUUGAUUGCAGUGGUGUUCCAGCUACUUUUGAAACAAGUAUUAAAUGUCUAAGAAUUAGAGGUAUUGCCACCAAUGUUGCGGUUUGGGCCCACAAAGAGAUCCCAUACUCGCCAAUGCAUACAACAAUGCUGGAAAAAGUUGUUACAGGUUCCAUUUGUUUUGUCAAGAAGGAUUUUGUUGAAGUUGUAAACAGUAUUGAAGCUGGUGAUAUCUCAAUUGAAGAAUUGAGAUUGAUGAUCACCGAUAAAAUUCCUUUGGAGGAAGGAAUUGAAAAAGGGUUCAAUGAGUUAUUGUACAACAAAGGCAAUCAUAUCAAGAUCUUGUUUGCAAAUGGGUAG